AUGACCACGUCUACCGGCAGCACAUAUCGACUGGAAGUCGAGAUUGGAGUUGGUAGUUUCGGCUUUGUCUUCAAAGCGGAAGAUAUCUCGACUGGACGCGUCGUUGCACUCAAGAAAUCUAGGACAUCCCUCAAAGUCCAGCGAACCAUCCUCCAGCAUGAAGCUCGUGUAUUGGCGCUUGUUGCCGGACAUCCUUCCAUUCCCACUGCCUUUGCUUACGGGCGAUUCGAACACUUCGAGUACUUGGCCUUGGAGCUUCUCGAUGAAUGCCUCGGAAGCAUUGUCCCUACCAAGAAUGCGAGGUUGUCUCUCAGGUCUGUCUUGAAUAUUGCCAAUCAAUUGCUCUCCGCUUUAGAACACAUACAUAAACAUCGCAUCAUUCAUCGCGACAUUAAGCCCAACAAUGUCAUGGUCAACGAAGACUUCUCUGUCAUACAUCUGAUCGACUUUGGAAUUGCGCGGCCGUGUCCAGUGGGCGAGCCAAAGACUCUCGAUAUUUUCAGUGAGCGCAGUAAUGUCAUCGGUACACUCAGAUGGGCCAGCAUCAAUGCACAUCACGGUAUAGACCUCGGUCCUCGCGACGAUCUGGAAUCACUCGCUUACACGCUUCUCUUUGUGCUGCGCGGAGAACUUCCCUGGCAGGACCAUUGCUUCAGAGGAACCAUUUUUGGCAGGUACGCUCACAUUCGGGAGAAAAAGCGUGCUUGGACGGGAUCAAGACUGGCUGAAGGUCAUCAUCCCGUGUUCGGCCAGCUUCUAGACUACGCGCGCGGUUUGGAAUUUCGCGAGACCAUUGAUUAUGGGCGCUUUCGCGCUCAGAUUCAAGACCUUCAAAAGACAGCCAAUCUUGACGAUACGGACGUAGAAGCUUCGACAGAAUUGGUCAUGAAUCCGAAUCACAAAGCUACUAAUAAAUGCCCCGUCGAAGUGGGGCAGCUCAUACUCGUCCAAAUUGUGUCGCGGACGUCGAUCGAAGGAUAUAGCAUGGAGGCCAACGACCAGUCAUACUGGCACGACCCUGCUCUGUCCUCUGAAGAGUGGCGUACUUCUGCCAGGCCGGCAAUCGUCAUUGGCUUUCAACUUGAUCUUUCGACGUCUCUCUACAAGAUCCACGUUGUUUCGCUCGGCCAUGGCGUCCCAGCGGAUGGGAUUCUUACCGUCCCUGUUUCGAUGUCUCCGUUGUCUUCGGAUGAUGCCGGCACCGCAAUCGUCCCAGAACCUGCGUGGCCGAAAGCAGAGACAUAUUGCUAUGCAUUCCCUCGUGCUACUUGGUUUUACUGCCUUCCCAAUCAGACAAUAUCACCCGCGCAUUGGAUGAUCGAUGCAAAAGACGUCCGGGUUCUCGAGGAGAAGCUUGCGGUGCCGCCAGACUUCUUACAUUGGGCCGAGACGAAAGACGACCCCGAUGUACGCUAUGAUACGCGGAUGAAGGAAAUAGACUUUUAUGUCCAUGUCGCAACGCUCGGUCCAUCGGACCUCGAAUCAAGAGACGGAGACGGUCCUGUUGAUUGGAGCGGGGAACGUGGUUGGUUCGACGAGCGCGUGAAGAUUGCGAGGCGGCGAGUUUGGGACAAUGGCCGCAACUGGACUACUUCAAGCGAUGAUACCAAUAGCAGAGGGAUAGAGAUAUCGGACGUGACAGACAGUUAUGAUGAGUGGGACCGUUCUCUGUGGGAGGCUCGCCAGCGCGAGAGGGACCAAUCAUUGACUCUAGACCAGGAACAGCAACAGAUUGCAUUUGGGAAACUUGCGGACAUAGCUGAAGUUGUUUAG